AUGAUUCAAAUCCAAUGUCGAAGAAUUAUUGACAUAAGUGAUAUUAGGUUUUCAUUCAAUCCAUUUCGGCAACGAGAAGAUCAGCCAGUCAAAGAACAAUCGCAGGGCGCCCCAAACAACAAAGAGGAGGAGACGGAGGAAACAACUCUUGCUAACGAUGCUGAUCAUUCUGGAAAUAAUAAGACCAUUACUUGUCAUGAAAGCAAUGCUGAUUGCAGUGAUGGACUAAAAUGUUGCGACUCUUUCUUUCGCUGUUACCGCAUUAUGGGAAAUUACAUAUGUGCUUCAUUUCUACUUGAAGGUUUAGGAGCCCUUAAAGCAAGUCAAAAUUACCAACGUGAUAUCAUAAAUUCUGAAGAUUAA